CGCAGCCCCCAACCCUUAAACUAGUGUGACAGCAGUCUUACCAGAGGCUAGACUUCCUCACAGCUGCCGCCAAAUUCCCUCUGCAUCAUCAUCAUCAUCGGCAUCAUCAUCAUCAUCCCUCCCCCUCCUCCUCUGCGCUCCCUCCGCAGACGGGAGGCAGCCUCGCUGUGUGGAGGGGCGGAGAGAGAGCGGCUCUCCCAGAUUAGAGGUGCGAGGGAUGAUGAUGGAGGCCAGCUUCGACACUGAGGAGAGCUUUGACGACCCCUCCUGUCUCGCCUCGCAGCCCCCCGGCUCCGUGUCGCCGGCCAAGAGGCAGAUCAAGGAGGUCAAGGAGACCAAAGCCACCAUCAACUGUGUGACGUUUCCUCUGCCUGGAGAAGGUCCGGAGCAGCAGCUCCUCAAACCAGACGAAUGGAGCUACUGCGAUUACUUCUGGGCCGACAAAAAGGACCCGCAGGGGGCCACCUCGCUGCCCGGCUUCGAGGUUCUUCUGCAGAAGCAGCUGAAGGGGAAGCAGAUGCAGAAGGAGAUGUCUGAGUUUAUUCACGAGAGGACAAAGAUUGAGGAGGAAUACGCCAAGAACCUCUCCAAGCUGUCUCUGAGCCCGCUGGCAGCGCAGGAGGAGGGGACUCUGGGAGAAGCCUGGACUCAGCUGAAGAAGAGCCUCCAUGAUGAAGCUGAGGUCCACCUCAAGUUUGCUAAUAAGCUGCACACCGAGGUGGAGAAACCGCUGCUGACGUUCAGAGGCGACCACUUCAAGAAGGACCUGAAGAAGUACGACCACCACAUGGCAGACCUCAGGAAGCAGCUGGCAAGCCGCUUCGCCAGCGUGGAGAAGGCCCGCAAAGCCCUCGCGGACCGGCAGAAGGAUCUGGAGGUGAAGACGCAGCAGCUGGAGGUCAAACUCAGCAACAAGACGGAGGAGGACAUCAAGAAGGCUCGACGGAAAUCCACGCAGGCAGGAGAUGACCUCAUGCGCUGCGUGGACCUCUACAACCAAACCCAGUCCAAGUGGUUUGAAGAGAUGGUCACCGCCAGCAUGGAGCUGGAGAAGCUGGAGGUGGAGCGGAUCGAGUGGAUUCAGCAGCAUCUGCGUCAGUACACGACUCUCCGGCACGAAACCGACAUGUUCAACCAGAGCACGGUGGAGCCCGUCGACCAGCUCCUGCAGAACGUGGAUCCGUCCAAAGACCGGGAGCUGUGGGUGAAGGAGAACAAAACCGGGGAGGUGCGACCCGUGGACAUGGACAUUUAGACCCUCUGGACCCCGGGAUCAGCCUCCCGCCUCCACUGUUGCCACUUGAGUUUUUCUAAGCCCCGCCCCCCCCUGACCGGCGGGCCGCCGCAGACGUGCGCUCUGCUCGUCCUGUGGCUGCAGUCCCACCGGGGAAAAGCGUCAGCAAAGAGAAGCGGAUCAAAGAAGCAGCAUGUUCCUUCUAAACGCGACCCCUCCCUGAAUGCUCGUUAUCGUCUUCUGCUGUCUAACUGUUGUCAAGUUCUUAACGCGCAUCUCUGUGGUCUGAAUUUUCGCAAAAAAAGUACGAGACCUUUAUUUUAAUACACUACAGAAAAGUCUGAAUGCAUCUAUUUUCCUAUUUUGCUCCAUGACUUUGCUGGAAGUGCAUGUUUGACGUCAGGCUGCAGCUCGUGGAGCCAUGACGGCCGUUCUGGUGUUUGGGUUUUAUGCACAAAUCUGUAAAUCUGUAUCUUCAUCCACGGAGACGACGCUCUGCUCCCUGGGUUCAGGCCAGAGUCGGUUCUGGAGGAAAAAGGUGCUCCAAGUCACUGAAACACCUUUUAGUGCCUGAAACCCGGAAUAUUAUCCGUUUAUUCUCUGCAUCCGUGUACAUUUGUACAUACUGGAUAUUUUCCCGUCAGACGUGUUUGAUGUUGUACGUUUUAUUUUUGUAAAUGUGCAGGAAAGUGGGAAACACUGCUUUUAACUAGAAGGACAAUGAGGUUCUUCAGAACUCUGUGGGUCACGAGGGGAGGAACCGCUCAGAGACUUUGUGUUUUGGUGUUCAUCUGUUCCCUCCAGGGUGUCAGAAACCUCCAGCGGCCCAUGGGGCAGCGGCAGGUUGUAGACGGUUUGUUUGUGUGUGCGUGUCGUUCUCCGAGUGUCAGUCUGUUCUAGAUCAAUGUUCCUGAUCACGAUCCCGCCGGGCGUCUGCUCGGGUGUGACCUCCGUCCAGGCCGGGUCGCCAGGAAUGCAGCGUCCCAAAUAAACCCCCGCUUUGAAACCGCAAAGCUGCAGAGCGUCAUUACGAAAACCAGAUGCCAACAAGCCAGAGGGAAGGUUUGAUUCCCGAUGAAGACGACGGCAUGAGUACAUUUCACUGACGCUCUCUGUUCUCUCUCACUGCAUCAUUUCGUAGUAUGGACCCGAUUGUUUUAGCUAUGCUUCUUUCUUUCUGUGCCUUUGAGCAAAAAUGUCUCCCCUGCCACAAGCUCAAAUUUUUACAGAAACCUAGCACCCGGGGAAAAAAUUCAUUUGAGGGCAAACUAAGCACCCAACCCCCCCUCCCCUAAACGAUGACAACACAGUGGAAGAAACCGCCAAAAUAAAACAAAUGCCACCAAAAUCUCUUUCUGGGGUUAAAAAAGUAUUUUCAACAAACCGAAACACACGUGUCAGGGAUUUCCAUAGGAAGGGUUUUUUAAUUAUUAUGGGAUGCGCCAUUUUGUGACAUUGAUUCAUUCAUCUUCCAAGCCGUUUUUGUCCCGGCCACUCCAGCGAAGGCUGGGGGCGUCGCAGGGCCGUUGAAAAGAAAGGAAAACUUUUUGUUGGAGCGAAUUUCCCACCCAACCAGGUUACGUUUACAAUCACACAGGAAGUUUUGCUGACCUUUAAACUCAGGAAGAGUUCUAAAAAUGAGGCGACCAAAAAACAAAAUGGUUGCUACGGAGACAAAAGCAACGUUUGUUUUGUUUUGUUUUUUGUCACAUGCAGCUCUAACCAGGUAAACAAUCAUUAACUGGGAUGCUGAAACCGGAUCUUUUGAAGGUAAUGUCUGAGAGGUCAGAGGUCAACCCUGACCCCGUUUUUCAAUUGGAAAAACAGCAGAAAAACUUUAACAUCUAUUCAUUUAUGUUUGUUACAAAUCUGCGAUGCCUCUGAUGACCGUCAUGGCGUGGUUGGUGAGGGUGGGGAUAAUCCCAGAGAAAAGCACAAUACACGACCCCCCCCCCAGAGGGUUGUAAGCUUCUAAAGGCUGAAAGCUGUUUUCUCUGAAAUAUUUUAACUUUUACACAAGAUUGACACACACAAACAGUAGUUCCAAAUAAACAUUUGAACAAAAGCGCUGAAUCCAGAAAUGAGGUCGGACAUGUCGUCUUCUACACUUUAAUCUUCAGUCUUCAAAGGCAUAACUUUCUACCAAUGAAUUUUACAACAAAACUCCAGAGUUGAUGCUUGAAUAUUUUACUGAUGCAGAAGCCAGCAAAUCAUGGAGCGAAUGGAGCGAAUGGAGCUUCAACGCGUGGCUUUGACAGAACAGAUACGGGACGCGUGGGACUGGACACCUUUAGGGUUGUUUGUCUCCACUGACCUUCAGCUCAUAAUCGGAUUGGCCGACGCAGGCGGAUUGUUAACACGAGCCUAAUCCCUUUAAAGGAGCUCCUGCGCUGACUUUUUCUCAAUUAACCUAAUGAACACAUCGAAAAGUGAAAACGCGCCAAGGCGACGUCACUCACCUCAGACUCCUCCUACUUUUACUGUCAUCAAAAGCAGGAAACGCCACCGUUUUUUUUUUUAGCUUUAAAAAAAAAAA